AAGCAAGAUGCCUUCACGUGGAUCGUAUCAAAUUGCAAGUCAAGAAGGACGUAAAAUAGCACAAAGAGAUCAGUCUUUUAGAAAUUGCGUAGCUACGUUAUUUGUGUUUUUUAUAUUAUUCUCCUUCGUUCUUAUUGCAAGUUUAUUAUGGAAAAAGUCUAGCACUUUCUCAUCUUCACCUUCCUCAACUAAGGUUGAUGAUAAACAUUUAAUGGGACACCAAUAUGGUAAUGGAUAUAAAAAAUCAGAAGGUAUUACAACUACAACUAGAACCACAACCACCACACCACAUGAUAUUAUUACAGAAAUAUAUGUACCUAAUAAUGAAAAGACGUCUCAUUACUUUGAUCGUUAUUCCGAAAACAAAACAACAACGCAAGAAUCUUUAGAAAUAAAUACUUCAAGAACUCCAUCAGAUUUUAUAAAUACUAUGAAUAAUAAUACAAAAUCAACAGAUUCACAAAGUCAAAUUAAUACAACUGUUACAAGAAUAGACUCUACAGAGCAGCCAAAGAUUCAUUAUAACAAUAUUACUGAUACAACCUUGUUCGAAAAUGAAGUUUCUGAAAACAAACGAAAAAAUAGUUUCACGACUUCAACAGUAAUUGUAGAAACAACAAAAGAAAGUAUGGAUAAAACUGAAGCUAAUAUCCAAGCAUCUACUAAAUACUCUACUAUUUCUACAGAUAAUGCAUUUGUUUCUAACAAUUCCUUAUCUGAUCAAAUUAGUUCUAAGGAUAAUACAAAUACUAUCACAGCAGGACUAAAUAAUAUAACAACAACUGCACCUUUUUUCUAUUUAAAUACAUCUGAACUAUCUACUAUAACAGAUAUCACUGAAAAAAGCAAUUCUUCUGUAAUAAAUAAUUUUACUGAUCAAUUCUUAUCAACAACAACUUAUAAACCUACUGAAUUUAUAUCAGAAUUAACAGACUCUAUUACACUUACACUUCCACAAAUGGAAAGUACCUUUACAAAGGAAACAAUAAUAACGAAAGAAUUUGUAACAGAAAGAAGUACACUUAUAACAUCCAGCACAGAGUCAAAUGUUAUUACUACAAAUAUCACUGAAGAUAAUAUAUGUAAUUCAGGACAAUGCAAACAAAUAGCUGCUAGGAUAUUAUCCUAUAUGAAUCAUUCUGCUGAUCCAUGUGAGGAUUUUUAUGAAUAUGCUUGUGGUGGAAUGAUAGCAGAUCCACAAAUCAUAGAUCUAAAUUUGGCAAACAAGGCAUAUCAUAGAAUAGCUAAACAAAUGUUGAAAGACGAUGAUAGAGAUAAACCUUCUCUAUUUACUAAAUACUACAACAGUUGUAUGAAAUAUGAAAAUAUAAAUAUAAAUGAAAGAAUAGUAAUAGCAAAUGAAGCAAUAAAUAAAAUAGGAAAAUUUUAUACGAGUUACGAAGAAUUUAAGAAUCAUGGAGAUUUUACGAAUUUGUACGCUGAAUUAUUAAAAAGCUAUAGCCCUUUAUUAUUUGACGUGGCUGUGGAUCUUGAUGAAAACAAUCCAACUUCAUAUACUAUCAAAGUAGGACCUGUGCUUCAUAAAAACCUAUUUGAUAGUGAAGAGGCAGAUAAUUUUUGUUAUGCAAGUGAAGUUGAAAUACAAAAAGAAUUUGUUGAUCUUGAAGAUAUUUAUGAAGACUAUACAACAUGUAAGCAAAAUAAUACAAGAUUUAUAAGUUCUAUAACUGAAGCUUUAAAGGUACUUGGAGUUUUUAAUAAUUCAGAUAGCAUGCCACAAAAAGUGAGCAUUACAGCAUUUAAUAUCGAUAACGAGAUAGUGCAAAAAUUCUUUUCUGUAUUUCCAUCUAAGAAUGAAAUUCGUAAAGCAUAUUUAAUGAAGAAUUAUAAUGAAGUGUCGAUAGAUCAGUUAAAUAAAACAACUACGUUUAUAAAUUGGUAUAAUUUAACAACCUCAUUAAUAUCCAAAAAUGUAGAUGCAAAAUUCCAAGUUUAUUUUUAUGAAGAGUUAGUAGAAGGUUUACAAAAUUUAGAACUUUUUUGGAAGAAAAAACCAAUACAUUUUCACAAUGCUGUUUUAGGUUUAUAUGCACAAAAACUUUAUCAUGAAUUAAUAAUAACAAAAUACCAAGAUCUGAAACAUCAUUGCCUUAAAGUUAGUAUAAAUCUAUUAAGGCCUGAAGCCUCUAAUUUGUAUAUGUCUUCACUGUCUAAUAAAGAAAUUACAUUUAUGAAUCGUACGGUAAGAAAACUCUUUGAUGAGCUAAAAGAAACUCUAAAAUUAAAAAUAGAAAAGAGAACAUGGGUAACAGGUGAACAACGUCAAGCAUUGCUGUUAAAGUUAAGCGAUCUUAAGCUCUCUGUUCCAGAAGUUCAAUACUUUCAAUAUGAAGAAAACGAUAAGUUGGAUCUAUCUAACAAUUACUUGGAAAACUCUUUAAAUUUGAUGAGAAGAUAUAGAUUAUCAAUAUAUUCUGUAAUAUCAUUAGCGAUAAAUCCUGGUACAUCAAAACAAAUGUACGUAUAUGUAGAUAUUUAUUUUACUUAUAUCAAUGAGAUUUUUUAUUUUGAUGUAUUACAUUGCAGUUGGACACACUAUGCUACGCCUUUUCAAUCGAAAGGCGUUGCAGUUUAUAGUUUGAAUCUUAUUAUUAUACCUUUUGGUGCAAUUGAUUAUGGUGACGUGUUUAUAUCAAAUGAUGAAAACUCAUUUAGUUAUUUAACAUGGGCAACAAUUGGCAAUUUAAUAGCGCGUCAGAUUUCUCAUCAUUUUGAUGCAAAUGGUAUACACUAUUGGAAUCAGACUCGAAACACUACCUGUUCUAUGUUAAGCAAAAAUGGUAUUGAAAAUACAAUUUUUGGAGAUUAUAUAUCCUGCCACGAGGACAAUAUUUACAAAGAAAAGAUGAACAUGAUACUACCACUUACUUCUCAGAAAAUAUUUUUUAAGAUUUCAGAACUGACAUUAAACGAACGUUUAUCCGAAAUCAUGGGACUUAGAUUAACAUAUGAUACUUUUGAGAGGCUACAACCGUUUUCAAAAAAUUAUCUUCCGUGGCUAAAACCAAAUAUAAAUCAAUCAUUCUAUCUUACUUAUGCUCAGAUGUAUUGUACGAAAUCGUUAUUGACAACAUCUUAUAUCUCUCUUCAUGAAAAUGAAGAAUUACCUAGCCGUAUCCGUGUCUUCGUUUCUGCAUCUAACAAUAACUUACUGGGCGAAACAUGGAAUUGUUCUGAAGGAUCACAAAUUGUCCCCAGUAGUACUUGUGAUGUCUUUCCAUAUCUCGAAGAAUCAAAAGAUUUCGAAAUCUAUUCCAAAUGAUUAUAACACAAAGAAAAAUUAUCUUUUAAGAUAAAAUACCACUAAUAACAAUGUUUUG